GAAAGUUACGCCUCACUUCCGGUUUUGAUAAAUCUGUCUUCUUCAAUAAAUAAAACUCUAGUUAACUAUGUUCUCGAAUAUAUUUAAGAAAGAUUCAAAACCUGGCUUUGUAUGUCCAAUAUGUCACACGAUAUUUAAUCAGCCUGAGUUAUUGCAAAGCCACUUUACAGAGAAACAUAGUGAAUUUGAUAAUAAUUCAGAUAAUUCUCCUCGAAAAGAUGAAAAUUCCAACGCUGCAGCAUCAUCAUCGUCAGAAAGGAGACAUUCUAUUGACCAAAGUGAAGAAGAUUUAAUGAGAAUGCAGUUGAAAGCAUCGGAGGAGAGUAGAUUAAUAUUGAAUAACGAAGUAAUUACUCUAAAGCAACAAUUGACUGAUACUUUCGAUUCAAUGAAAAAUUUACACGAAGAAAAGUUGAUAAUUGAAGAGAAAGCAGCAAAAAUGGUUGCUAGUGAUUUAACCGCCGUAAAGGCAAAAGCUGAUGAAAGCGAAGGUAGUAAGGCGGCCUUGGAAGAUCACUUAAAAACUUUGAAGAAACAAAUAUCCGAGAAAUCUCGAUUAGUAUCAAGUUUAGAAUCGCAAUUAGCUCAAAGACCUGGUGCUGAUGAUGUUCUUGUUCUACGAAAGGAAUUAGUUAAUGCUCAAACUUUAAUGGAUGAUUUGACAAGAAGUAAAGAAGAAGAAAUUGAUUGUUUAAAGAGAGAGAAUUCGGAAUUGACUAAUGUUUUGAACAAAUUAAAAGCAGAAAGUGAUUCGCUUACUGAAGAAAAAAAGCGUCUACUCGACGCCUUUGAUCAACUGACGCUGGAGAAAGAAAUUCUUGAAAAUAAAAACAAAAAUCUUGAAUAUCUUCAAACAACCUUAAGCGAUAGCUCAGAAACGAAUGAAAAGAAACUGGAAGAGGCUUUGAAAACUAGUGAAUCGGAAUUAAAUAAUGUUAAACAAAAGUAUUCUGAUUUGGAAGAAAACUUAUUGGCAAAAAACGAUGAAAUUUCAGAAAUUUCUCAAUCGUUUGAAGAAAGAAUUUUGGAAUUUCAGCGUCAAAUUAAUAAUUUAGAAAAUGAGAAUAUUCUCAUUAAAAACACUUCACUUAAUGAUAAAGAUUCCUUAUCGACCUCUCUUUCUAAUAAGGAAGAUGAAAUUCGAAUUUUAAAAGAGGAAAAUUCAUCCCUAUCCAAAGAUUUAUCAUCGAUAAAGGAACAAUUUUCACUUUUAUUAAAAGAGAGUGAUUCGAUGAAAGAGAAUAUUCAUGUCAGCGAAGCUAGUUUAGAGAGUAUUAGCAUUGAUAAAGAUGAAUUAGAGAAACAACUUGGCAGUAAAACUCUUGAGAUAAAACAAAUCAGUGAAGCCAAAGAAGUUUUGGAAGAAAAGAAUAAUGAUCUUAACGAAAUGAUUCAUCAGAUGUCUUCUAAAGUACUCGAAAGUGAGGAAUUACAGGAAAAGUGUCGAACUGAAUUGAAUGAUGUAAGACAUUCCAUGAGCGAAAAAUUGGAGGAGAAAGAAAAGGAAUUAACAAGGAUGAAGACAGAAUUAGAUUCGUUAAUGUUAGACAUUGAGCAAAAAAAGACUCAACUAGAGAAGGUAUGUUCUGAAAAGGAGUCUGUCGAAACUACACUGGAAAAUAUGAAAUUAUCUUUGAAAUCCACAACAGAAGAAGCCAGUCAGGAAUGUGAAAAUCUUAGGAAAAGAUUACGAGAUGUUCAAAAGCAACAAGAGGAAACACUAAAUUUAUUAACCGAAAGUAAGCAGAAUACAGAAAGACUGGAAAACGAAAAAGACGAUCUCAUACAUAAGAUUGAGAAAGGUGAAGGUAAAGAAACAGCCAUAUUACAAUUGCAACAAGAAAAUAAUUCUAUUCAAGAAAAGUUAGCUACUGUUGAAAAAACUAAAGAAAGUUUAAAAUCUGAUUAUGAAAAUAAAUUACUAUCUCUGGAAAAUCAACUCGAAGAUUUUGAAAAAGAAAAGAAAGCAGAAAUACAGCGAAACAUUAAUUUAAACAUUAAUUUAGAGGAUUUACAAAAGGAAAUAGGUGAUAAAAUUACCCAAAUUGAUAAAGACAAGGAGGAAAUUGCCAAGCAAAGUCAAAAGUUAAAGGAUCAACAAGUAAAAAUUAAUGAAUUAGAAAUUAGUUCAAAGAAAGCUAAAAAGCAAAAAGAUAAAGAAAUUGGUGAAAAAAAUCAAGAGAUAAAAAAAUUAGAGAAACGUAAUGAUAAUAUAAAUAAUAAUUUAGAAAAGAAAUCAGCUGAAAUAUUAAAAUUAAAUCAAACGUUAAAAACAAUUAAGGAUGAAAAAAAUGAUUUAGAAAGAAAGUUAUUAGACGCUGAAACUGAAUUAAAAAAAAAUGAAUCAAAUUUGGAUAAGUUAAAACAUUCUAACGAUACAUUGAAACGUGAAAAGAAAGAGCAAAUAGAAGUUGGAAAACAGGAAAUUAAACAAUUGCAGGAACAAAUAGAGAAGUUAAAAGAGGAAGUCUCUGGUGAAAAACAUGAAAGAAACAAAAUCUCUAGUGAGUUGGAAAAUGAGAAAUCGACCCGUAUAGAAAUCGAAGAGAAAAUUAAUGUUCUUGAAACUGAAUUAGUAAAAUCAAAAAAUGUUUAUAUUCAAUAUGAGGAGAAAGUAAAGUCUGAAAUGGAUGAUAAAAAAGAAUCUCAAGUUAAAUUGACUAAUGAGAUUGAUGAUUUAAAAACAAAACUGAACAAUGAAAAGAAACAGAACGAUGAUUUAAAGGAAAAGGAUAAAAAUCGAACAAAAGAAUUAAAAGAUUUGAAAAAAAAAGAAGGAAAGUUAAAAACCGAAAUAGAUAAUCUCAGGAAAAGUAAUAGUGAUUAUGAGGAACGAAUUGGCGGUUAUGAACAAGCCUUGGAUGGUUUAAAAAAGGAUCUUUCGGAGAAGAACAAUGAUAUAAAAAGCUUAAAUGAAAAGUUUGAAAUUAGAAAAUCGAAAGAGGCCGAAAUAAUCGAAAGUAAUCAAAAAACGAUGAAGCAUCUUGAAUCAAGAGUAAUAGCUAUGCGCGAAGAAUUGGAUGAAUCAUGCGUCAAAUUAAAAGAGAGCGAAGAAAAUAAUCGUACACUUCAAGCGUCCUUAGAAUUAAAGCUAUCAGACUUGGAAUCGUGCCGAGGUCGCCUUAAGGAAGCAGAAGACAAAUUUUAUAAUUAUUAUACAGAUCUAGAAAAUAUGAAAAAAGUCCUCGAGGAAGAGACACAAAAUAAGCAAGCUUUAAUGGACAAGAUUAAAGAAUUAGAAACAACUCUUAAAAGUCAUGAAGAGAAGUAUCAAGUUAUAGUAGCUGAGUUAGGUGAAGAAAAAAGUAUAAAAUCCACAACUAACGAUAAUUUAAAGGAGACUGAAAGAAAAUUACAAACUGUAGAAGAACUUUUAAGGGAAAAGAGUGAUAUGUAUGAAGAACGAUUUAAUGAAUUUCGUGAAAAUGAAGUUAAAUUUAACAAUAAGAUAACUGACCUAUUGGAAGAAAUUGAAAAGGAGAAAAAUCAACUAAUUGAAGUGAAAUCUAAGUACUCUUCUUUAGAAUUGUCAACACAACAAGCUGAGGACAUGUUACGAAACGAUAAUAGCUGUUUACAGGCGCGAUUAGAAGAGGAAAUUGCUGCCAAAUUGGAUCUUGAAAAGAUUAGAGAUGAAAUGGAAGGAAAGCUUCUAAUUGAGGUUGGAGCGGUGAAUGAGACUCUCAGAUCUUUGAGGCAGGAACUCGAAGAGAGUAAAGCACAAGUUAUUGAGUUUUCAAAUGAAUGUGAAAAGCUUAAGCUUGAGAAAUUAGAAAAACAAGCUCUCUUGGAGACUAGCAGUGAUGAUAGAAAAGUUUUGUUGGAACGCUGUUUAGCCAGCGAGGAUGAAUUAAGACAACUUCGUGAUAAGACAUCGGCUAUGAGAAGAAAGCAAGAAGAUCUAGAAGCAGCUUUACAUGAAUUGGGCAGAGAAAAUCAAUCACUACAAAUACAAACAAGUAAAGAAUGUUCAAAUAAAUCUGCCGUUACGACUUCCAGCAAAAAUCCAGUUCGUGUCUGCGAACCUUGCUUUCAAGAAAUUACAGGCUAA